CGAAUCAUGAACUUGUCAAACUUCUAAAAGACAACACUAGCCAUCAGCAGGAUAUCAUCUCGCAGCACCUUACCAUGACCAUGGUCACCCAUUCUACGCCUCCAACCCCGCAGACCGAUCUGAAGACGGUGGUCGAAGCUCGGACUCGGGAAUGGCAUUUCCAUAUUUACUUCCUGCUACAAUCCCCGACUGAGACUGCUGCCGCCCUUGCCCUUCGUGAUGCUGUGUUGAGACUGCGACGUGAUGGCGCGUUCGUUGCCGUUCCACUAUUCAGGGUCAACGAGUUCCCUAUCGGACCACACCCAGCAGGAUCUUUUGAGAUUUGGGUUCCCGACUCCUCAUUUUCGGAUGUAUUCUUCUACUUGGCGGCCAACCGUGGCAACUUGAGUGUCCUUGUUCAUCCAUUGACAUCGAGCCAACGUCGAGACCAUGAGACGAGAAACGCUUGGAUGGGUACCGCGUGGCCAAUCUAUCUUGAUAGCCUGCCGUCGGAUGGCGAUGUCCCUCUUCAAUAUCCUGAGCUGGGUCUUGGUUGGUCCACAUCGCCGGAGCAGGAGAUCUCAUUAGAGGAACGGUUGAGGAGGGGUGCAGAGGUUGAGGCCUUGUUAGCCGAUGAUCCAGAUGCUGCGCCUGCACCUAAAGAUCAUUAGUUUUCUAGCCUAGACAAUGCGCGCCAACUGCAACACUAAGGUAAUUUGAUAGCGACAGGAUCUCGCCUGGCUGGGGAAUAAGGAGCUCCCAAGCAGUGAAGCUUUGUAAUAUAGGUUUGGAUUAAAAGAAUCUUGGAGCACAUGAACUCAAGCCAUCCACGUGCGCCCUCAAAAACUACAAGCCGUGUACAGGACUGCCGCAGUUCCGGUCUGUCAUACAUGUCACUCGGGCACGCCGGCGAGAGCAAGCUUGAGUGGAUAGCAGGAACGAUGACUUGUCCAC